GUCAACCGUUGACUUUUUGUCUUCCUGCCACCCAAACGGUUUAGGCUUCUGCGUGUUUCCAAAAAUACAAAGGAACCAAUGGCAGAAGAACACGCAGAGGUAUAAAUCAACGAGCCGCGCUCAGCUCGUCAGGAUGUCAUCAAUUGACAACAUAACGGCAAGACAUUUCACAAUGUAUAUUAACGAUUCUAUGGACGUCAUUACACCUGAGUACUCAUAUGUUUUCAACUUCGAGAACAGCUACUCUUAUGUAGACACUCAAAAAUGGUUAUCGAAUAAUUUAAUGUCCUGCUUCGGCUGCGGUAUCCUUUACUUCAUCGUAAUUGUUAGCGGGAUGUAUUACAUGAUAGAUAAACCAAAGUGCGAUUUGAAACGUCCAUUUGCAUUAUGGUGUGGAACAAUGGCACUGUUCUCCAUUAUCGGACUUAGUAGAACAGCACCGGAGCUGUUCUUUACAUUGGGCCAUCGUAGCCUUUACUAUAGUGUUUGCAUACCUAGUAACUAUUUCCCUAAUUCUGUUUCUGGCUUUUGGACAUGGGCACUUAUCCUAUUGAAACUUGUACAAUUGUGCGAUACGAUAUUCAUCGUGUUACAAAAACAAGAAGUGACAUAUGUGCAUGUCUACAAUCAUAUAUGUAUUAUUCCUUACUUUUGUUUCACAUACAUGGAGGUUACAGCAGCCAUGAGAUGGUUCAGCGUGAUGGAGUACUUUAUUAAUUCCUGCAUGUAUUCUUAUUACACUUUGAAAGCAAUGAAGUUCAAAAUACCAAUAUGUUUUGCUAUCAUUAACAUGAUGCAGCUAAUACAAAUGGAAGGCUGUGUAACAGCAAUGAACACAAGCAAGAAAUAUUGUACAACUACCAGAACGUUUGAUUAGUGGAAUGUUCAAGUAGUAGGAGACCCAAAUUGUUCACAUGAUUCUUUUUGCAUCUUUGCUCCAACACGAUAAAAUCAAAUAAUAACAACGUAACUAAAAUGACGCAAAGUGUAAAAUUCAGGGUCAAUUUUUCUGUAGGUCUUUUUUUGCAAGUCUGUAAAAUUAUUAUAUAAACAAAUACAUAAAAAUU